AUGCGUCCAACCACCUCGGCCAACCAUCUGGAGUUUUACAAAGAAAUGACCUACCCCUGGGUUGACAAGGAGGCUCCCAUAUGCUCCAACCAAACACUAUGCCCUCGAAACCCCAACUACACCUGGGACGAUUACUUCGAUUGCCUCCUCAAUAAGGGCGUCAAGAAUUUCGUGCUCGGCGGCCUCAUGAUGGUGGGGAGUGACAUCUGGUUCGUCAUCGAGUUCAAAUCACCGAGCCGAUGGAGUAAAUCUGGGUUCAUGGCUCUGAGGGAGAAAGUACGAGCUCGAGGUGGCAGGAUACUGGGUGACGUGAUCGAUGCGCAAUACGGGUAUGGCGAGCCUUUCAACAAGACGCGCUUUCGCCAGAAUGCUGCCAAGUUCGUGGAGUACUUCCCCGUCGACGGCUUCAGGAUAGCGGAUUUCCUCCCCUAUUCUGAUCAGACCCCCCAACAUGUGAAGGAGGCCUUGGAGGCUAUCAAUGAACUGAAGUUGAUUUCUUCGAUCCGGUGA